AUGGAAUCGGUGAAAAUAGGUGAACAGCAUGUACGAGUUGAAAUGGAUCAUUCGGAUGGACAUCUUAUUUCAUACUGGAGUAAUACAGUGGACGGAUUGAAGGCACUCACUGACUAUGUUACCAAUCUAUUCAAUAUUGAUGUAUCAGAAAUCUGGGCCUCGAAACAAUCCUUCCAUAUGAUUGAAUGGGUGAACAGUAGACAGAAGACACCAUUGAGAAACGUUUGGUAUGCGGACUGGAGUGCAACACCAUCAUCAGAAGAAGAUAUGAUAUAUAUUCUGAAAGACUGUCGUCCUAUCUCUCAAUUAAGAAUAUGCCUAAAGCUUCCUCCAAACUUUCGAUUUUCUGAAAAAUUUCGGAAGUUUUCUUUCGAUUGCUUAGAUAUCUGGUAUGGAGAAUGGGUGACACUUGACAAUCUUCUGACAAUGGAUGGAAUCGAUAUUAUUCUCGGAUCAUCUACUCUAUCUAGUACUGAUUUAAAUGUCUUUCUGAAGCACUGGCUGUCUGGAGGGUGUCCUCGAUUGAAACUAUUCAGCGCCGAAACAGGUUUUCUGGAUAUCUUACAAGUACUCACUGAUUUACUGCAUAACGCUGUUCUUGUGGAUGAUCAUCGUGACUACGUCAGCCCAUUUGGAUAUAGCAUAAACUUGUCAUCUGGAUAUGACAUUCGACGUGAGGAUGGUGUGACAGCUACAAUACACUAUCAACCACCGAGAACCUUAAUCAUUGCAGUUUGGCCAGAGACCACUUAUAAUUCUAAUUAA